AUGGACGACAAGGCCGGCGUCGCUGUCACCCUCAUGAAAACUGAUGCCGAGAACCCUACAAAACCCCAAUACGACCGCGUCAUCUUAGUAUUUACAGGCGCCGAAGAACGAAGCAAAAUGGGCCUUGCGAUGUCCGAGUAUCUCACCCGCGCCGAGAAUCAUCAGCCCGCUUUACCAGCUGGGUGGGAAAAGCGAACUGCAUGGCUUCAGACCAGGACGAAUGUUCUGGGUCAGGCAGUACCUCACGAAAGCUGGUACAGAGACCUUCGACCGACCAGAGAGCUCCCCGUGGCAACUGGAGAGUCUUUAGCAGCAGAAGUUGCCAAGGUUGGCAGGGGUUCUUCCGUCGACAUCUUCCAGGUUGCGCCCUGCGAAGAUAAUGACGUCUGGGAAUUCAUCGAUGCAUUGCCCAACAUCAAUAUAUAUCAUCUUUUCUUUGGUUAUAACUCCCGGCAAGGGAUCGCCACCGAUAACAUGAGCCGAGCAAGUAAACUAGCUCUAUCACAGAGGCAAGUCCAGUUUCACAAGACCCUCCAGGCCCGCCUCAGCGACAAGCAUCCCAGCGCUCGGGUGAUCUUCACCCAGAACGUCCCAUCUUUCGCCAACGCUGGAGCCGGUUCUCAGGUUCUGUCCUGGUGCAGGAAGUAUUUCCCUGAAAAAGAUAUCUUAAUGGCGCUGCGUGAUCCUUUCUGGACCGGCCUCAUCACCCUAGCCAACAAGUACGCAGACGACGCGACGACACUACGACAGAUGCCCGAUUCGCCUGAAGAAUUCAUGACUCAGGUUGUGUCAUCUCGAUUGGAGGAGACGACUCUACGAGUCCAAAUCUUGAACAUGCUCAAGAGUGCUGUUUCGAGCCAACAGUUUGCACAAGACUCACCAAGAUCUUACUCACGUGUUCGCGACAUCCUAGUCGAAGAGUUUACCGGGAAACCAGCGCCAACCCUAGAGCUCGGAGAUGCGAAUCACAUGGCAAUUGUCAUGCAAUAUCUCGACAACGAGAACAAGGACCGUAGUAGUAACGUGAUGAGACUUCUACCGGCCCUGUGCGACACAAGUGAGGAAAACCCGACUCAACCUCCCCGGGUCUCAGCAGGAGCAUCGGCUGCUCAAAGUCCAGAUGGAUGGGUCCUUGCGGGUUGCGACAUCCAAGAGACGAGAAUGUACAUAGAAGGGCUAUUCAAGAAGAAUGCGCUGCCGUGA